AUGGUACACGACCUAGUCAGCUCUCAACAACACAUGCAGAACAAUAUGCAGGCAACCAAUGAUAUGGUACACAAAAUUCAAGAUGCACAACAAGAGCAGAAGUCUGCCAUGGAUAUGUUGGCCAAGCAAAUGUCGCAAUUGGCCACUUCGUUGAAUGAGAUGAGGGCACACGAGGGAAGGAUACCAGCUUCAGUGAAACCACCUGACCGGGCAAAUAUCAGUCAGAUCACUCUAAGGUCAGGACGGGGCUAUGAGGGUCCAGUAAUGAUAGAUGAUGAGAGUACACCUCCUAUGACAAGCCAGGUAGACGGGAAACUGACCACUGUUCAAGGGGAUACAGAGAUAAGGAACACCAGGGUAGAAGACGACCUUCAAAAGGGUGAUUUGGAGAAACCACUACCUCGUAUGACUAAUCCAUUUUUCUUAGAUCCAGAACCUGGAGUGGAAAUUGAGGAACGGAGAAAAGAAAUCGGAGAAUCUUCAGUCGGGGGUCCAGCGGGGACGUUGAAGCGCAUGAAGCCAUUCCCUCACCGGGGGGAGGCUAAGAAGAAGAAGGAUGAAACUGAAGACUUCAUGGAGAUCUUCGGUAAACUGGAAAUCAACCUACCCUUCCUACAAGCUUUGAAGCUGCCUACAUUCAGUAAAUUCAUCAAGGAGUUCAUAGCUGGAAAGACUAAGCCCGACGGGAAGAUAGUAAUUGGAGAAAAUGUGUCGGCUGUUAUACAGAAGAUGAGAAUGGCAUCAAAAUGCACAGACCCAGGUAUGUUCACCCUGACCAUUUCUCUUGGUGACAUUAAAAUUGAGCAUGUAAUGUGUGAUUUAGGAGCCUCGAUAAAUGUGUUACCACUUUCGAUAUAUAAGAAAUUGACAGGGGUAAGUCUGGUUGAUACGAAAGUAGUAAUUCAGUUAGCCGAUAGAACAUGCAUUUCACCCGAGGGUGUGCUGGAAAAUGUAAUAGUAAAAGUGCAUGAUUUCAUGUACCCAGCUGAUUUCCAUGUAAUAAAGAUGAGUGACAACGAAUUUGCUGAGUCUAGCGGAGUGCUUUUAGGAAGACCAUUCCUGCGCACCGCUAAGACUAUUAUUGAUGUGUUUGACGGUACUAUAUGCCUAGAUUACCAUGGGGAGAAAUACACCUUUAGCAUUGAUGAAGCCAUGAAAAAACCAUUGGAUGUGGAAAAUUUGCAUGCUGUUAAUGUUAUUAACCCCCUGGUCCAGGAGUACCUUGAGACCGAAUUAAUGCAGGAACAGUUCAACAAUUCGGAGUUGAGUCAGUCUGUUGACAAGGAGGUGGCAGGGUGGUGUGAAUCCUUAUUAACUCGGAACAUGACAGACGAACAGAUCAAUGAAGCGAUCAUGGCAUUCUGCCACCAACCAUUGUCAUUUGAAUCUACAGGGUCUGUUCAAGUGAGGAGCCCAGACGAGGGAACUGACUUUUGUGAAAUGGCAACCAGAGGCCUGGAGAAAUAUCCCCUGCCCUAG